AAGAUAAAUAUUAUCUCUUUCCACCUGCCCCAUUCUCGUUUUUCUCUCCCUAAUAUUACCCACUUUCCCGGGAAAAUCAGGAAAGCUACCAAAGAAAUCCCCACCGCCGAUCAUGUCCGGCUACCCUUACCGCCCUCCUUCCGGCUACGGUUACGGCGGCCCCCCACCACCGCAACCCUACGGCUCGUCCGGCGGCCCUCCGCCGCCACAGCCCUACGGAUCACCCGGCGGCCCUCCGCCGGCACAGCCCUACGGCUCCGCUCCCUCGUACGGCGCUCCGCCGCCUAAUCAGCAGCCCCACGGCGUGCCUUCCGCUCCAUACGGCGCACCCUACGGUGGGGACAAGCCGCCGAAGGAGAAGCCACACGGUAGUGGCGGAGGAGGAGGAUAUCCUCCGUCGGCGCCGUACGGGAGCCCCUUCGCUUCCCUGGUGCCGUCGGCUUUUCCUCCGGGAACCGACCCCAGCGUCGUGGCUUGCUUCCAGAUGGCGGAUCAAGACGGGAGCGGCUUCAUCGACGACAAGGAGCUCCAGAGCGCGCUGUCUAGCUACAACCAGAGCUUCAGCUUGAGGACGGUUCACUUGCUCAUGUACCUCUUCACCAACAGCAACGUCAGGAAGAUCGGUCCAAAGGAGUUCAUACAAGUGUUCCACAGCCUUCAGAGCUGGAGGGGCAUCUUCGAGAGGUUUGAUAGGGACAGGAGCGGCAAGAUUGAUACGAACGAGCUGAGGGAGGCGUUGUUGAGUUUGGGAUUUGCCGUCUCUCCUGUUGUUCUGGACUUGUUGGUGUCUAAGUUUGACAAGUCAGGUGGCAAGAACAAGGCCAUUGAAUAUGACAACUUCAUUGAGUGCUGUCUUACUGUCAAGGGACUGACGGAGAAGUUCAAGGAGAAGGACUCGGCGUACACUGGUUCAGCUACAUUUUCGUACGAGACCUUCAUGUUAACUGUUCUGCCCUUCCUUAUAGCAUAAGAAACAAGCAAAAGUUCUUCGAAGAAUCGAAAGGCUUUGGUAACCCCGUUGAGAGACGGAAGCUUCUUGCAUGCUACGGAAGUUAGAAGAGAGAAAAUGUGAGGUGCUGUAUUUUCUUCAGUGUGUUGUAUGUUUUCAUGCACCUGUAUGUAUGGAUGAAUGCUGUAAGUCCGUUUCCUUAUGCCAGAUAGCAUCUUCAGACUUUCAGUAGAGUUGUACGGUGAUGGCUCAUGAUAACGAUGAUGUUGCAAUAUGGUUGUUUUUGGAGGACUUCAUUGCAAAUGUUUCUGCUUCCAUGGGCUCAUACUCUGUAUAUUCCGAUAAGAGGCCACACUUACACUAGGCCGAUAUGGGCCUAUCUUAAGAGUUUAGGCCCAAGAUUUCCCUCUUUCUCCAAGGCCCAAACCCUAUCAUAGAGGUUUUAACUGUAAUUAGAAUAAUGACUUCCUUGAUUA